AUGAAGAGUCUUCUACUUGCAAUACUCCUUGGAGUGGUAGCGAACGCCCAGCUCCCUCGCCCCUGUGUGUCACCAGCACAAUGGGAAGCCAGAAUGUUCACCCAAGACAUGUCAAGAAACUUUACCGGGUACGCUAAAGGAAGCUACGACGAGACUCAGAGGAGAUUCCGUGAGAUUGAAGAGGUGGAAUUUGGCACCGAUAAGGAAUAUUUUGACGUUCUUUACCUUCACAAUGUCGGAAAGGAAUACAGGCUGAAUUUGAAAACAAGAAAAUGUAACGUCACCAACCUAACACGUCCCUUCAGGCCCUUUGGAAUUCCCCCUGAGGCUCAAUUCGAAGGCUCUGCCACCGUUGGAGCAGCUGGUGUUCCCUCAGAAUUCAUGAUGGUUAACAAUUUCCAUGGCAACUUCAGUGAUGGUGACAGAUUCUUUGGAACUGUGACGUCCCCCGACUGCAUACCAAUUGCCAGUGGCUUCUACAGCAAUAGCACCGGAUUCGUUCAUAGAACAUUUUUCGAUUUAAACGUCGGAAUCGCAGACCCAAUGGUAUUCAUCCCUCCAAGAGAAUGUAUUUAA